AUGGUGAUGACGGAUUCCAGACAAAUGGAACCAAUGUACAGUAGUCCCUCUCAAACACAAACACACACACACCCGAAAAAGGAAAUUAGCAAUUCACGAAUUGCAGAAUGCUGGGAUACGGCGAAUCGUUUGCGAAAUGAAUCAGAAAAAUAA